AUGAAGAUCAUGGGACUUAUGGAUACUCCAUAUUGGCUUUCAUGGCUUACUUAUUACCUUGUCAUCAACACUUUUCUGAGUCUGAUAAUGAUGCUGAUUCUGAUACCUGUGUUCGAGUACUCAAACAAGUUCUUGGUGUUCUUGUAUUUGUGGAUCUACGGAAUGACCAUGUUCAGCUUUGGACUGCUCAUUGGAGCAUUCUUCUCAACUGGUAAGACUGCAUCCAUUGUGUCAAGUAUGUUGUUCUUCUUGUCUUCAUUCUUGGUCACUGCAGUUCAAGAUCAAACUGUUUUUUAAACUUUGAAGAAUAUUUCUUCGUUCGUCCCAGCCAUGGCUGCACAACUUGGAGGAGUCAACUUGCUUGCCUUUGAAGAGUCUGUGUAUAUCUAAGCAUAAAGAAAGAGAAGGAAGAAAAAAUAAACAAAAUUCUGGUAAAGGAGAAAUCCUUGUUGAUAAGCACCAUAUUGAUCAAACUAAUUUUUAAGAUAUUCCUGAAAACUUCAGAAGAAAGGAAGACUAUAACAAGUUCCUCAAAAUUCAAGACCACAAGAAGAAGAACUGCUUCCAUUUAUGGCUAUGAUAUCGAAACAGAAAUGAACGAAAUCAGGAAGAUGAUGGAAUAUUGUCCCCAACAUAACAUUCUUUUUCCUAAGCUGACUGUGAAAGAACACUUUCAGAUAUUCACGAAGUUCAAAGGAAGGUCUCAGAAAGAAAUCGACGAAGAGAUCGAUGUCCUGAUCAAAGAUUUCAACUUGGAUUCCAAGAGAAAAGUGCUGUCUAAAGACUUUUCUGGAGGUAACAAGCGUAAGCUCUCGGUGGCUAUGGCCAUGAUUUGGAACCCUCCAGUGGUGUUCCUUGAUGAGCCAUCAGCAGGUAUGGAUCCUAAAGCCAGAAGAUUCAUGUGGGAAGUCAUUGCCAAGAUUUCUACAAGAGGCAAGAACUCUGCUGUUAUCCUAACCGCCCACUCAAUGGAAGAAGCAGAAGCCUUAUCGACAACCAUGGGAAUCAUGGUCGAUGGACAGUUCAAAUGAUUUGGGUCUAAGCAACACAUCAAGAACAAGUUUGGAACUGGAUACCAAGUUGAGAUUAACCCAUGCUACAAAGUCGAGAACAUCAAAGGAGCCGAGUACAUCAUGCUCAACAAAGAUGCUUGCUCAGCUGUUCUCAGAGAUCUACUAGGUAGCAAUGCAGCUUACAAUGAGUUCCACUCUAAUGGAUUCGUUGACGAGUUCGGUGAAGCCACUCUGAUUGAGCAAUACUCACCCAGAUUCAGGUACAGAGUUCCGAAGGGAGAGAAAUCAGUAGGAUACUUCUUCAGUCUGAUGGAGAAAUUAAAAUCAAAGCUUGACAUUGAUGAGUACUCAGCUUCAUAA